AUGUAUAGUACAUUGCCCAUGUUGAUGUUUCCCAGCGCGGGCAUGACGCUAGGCGAGUUGACCCGCGGCCGCAUCUCGUUGAUCUGCGUGUCGGCGGUGCAGGUGGAGACGGUGGACGCGCUGGCCGUGCCGCUCCUGAGCGCGCUGUACCUGUGCGUGCGCCACAACGCCGCCGCCGCGCCCGCGCCGCCCGCGCCCUCCUCCACCUCGCACACCACCGACUAUAAAGCGCGGUCAGACUGCGGCAGUGGCUCGGGCAGCGCGGAAGGUCACUCGCUCGACGACUUCGCAGCUGACGUUAGGGAGCUAGACCCAUCCUCGCCUGUUUUCGGUGCGGCGCUGGUGGUGCGCGCUACGUACCUGGUGUGUCACCGCCUCAUCUCCUCCUGGAAGGGAGACCUGCAAGUCUCCUUGGCAGCCCUAGAACUACUCUCGGGCCUAGCCAAGCUGCAUUCUUCGAAACCAGAAGCGAUAGAGCGCAAGCGCGCCGUGCGCUGGAUCUGCGACUACAUCACGGUGCAGUGCAGCCGGCCCCCGCAGGCUCACUCGCGCGACCUGCACUCCUGCGUCGUGGCCGCCUACUCCUGCCUCGCCGCCUGGCUCUGUCCCGCCCUGCUAGCUGACCAGGACUGCAUCGCCACUCUCUUGGAGGUCGUCGAGCUUGGUAUUUCUGGGAGUAAGAGCCAAGGAAAACCCGGGGAGCCUCCGAAAAUGAAGGACGAGAAAGAACUGAAGCCAGUUUCCAUGCGAGUACGAGAUGCUGCAGAAUCUCUGCUCAUGUUGAUUUUAGAACAGCAAAUAGGUAACGGUGGCAAUGGCUCCUCAUGGUGUCGGCUGGACGAGCGCUGGCUGUCGGCGCUGGGACACGGCCGCCUGCGACACUUCGUGGCCGACGGGAACAUACUGCUGUCUCUGCUGGAGGAACCGCUCAGUAACAGCCAGGAGCCACAGCCUACGCUUAUUGUAAUAAUCCGCUGCGGCUGGGGUCGCUACGCGUGGUCGCUGAGCGCGCGCGGCGCGGCCCGCUGCGCCGGGCGGGGCGUGGGCGCGGCGUGCGCGCGGCCCGUCGACAUGAGGGAGGCACGCCCCGCCACCCUGCCCGCCUGCAGGCCUCUACCACAUGCACCGCCCUGUGCCACUGACUCCGCAUUCCCGAGUUUGGAAGCAGUGUUACGGCAACUAAACGAUCCUGACGCGCCGACCUUGUUCAAACUAUUGGAACAACAGGCCGCCAUCGAGAAACGAGUAAAAGAGAGCGAAGAUAACGUUGUAAGUAUACAUUAUUUGCAUUUGCCGAACCAUGUGGAUGUGCAUGUGGUUUCCCUCGAAUCUCUCUGUACGCAGCUCAUAAUUAAGGGUUCUGGUUGA